CUUCGCGAACUCUGGCAGCUCUGUUUCAAACAAUGGGUUAUCAGCUUCGAUAACAUGGUUUUGUCUAACACAAUACCACAUUCCAACAAAAGACAGUCGUGAAUUGAGUCAACCACUUCAACAUGUCGAAAAUACCGUCUCCAGGAGGACAGAGCCUACUCAAGGUCAACCGGUACCCGGUGAUCCCACCGGUCCCUGUUCCGCGUCCCGCGACAACGAUGGUUUAUCCAACGAUUCCGCGUUCUGCCGCAACGGUGGUGGAUCCAUCGAUUCCGCUCCGCGGACGGCCUCCGAAACAUAUUAAGAUGGAGUACAUGUCAGCGGCGAUCCGCAAUCAGCGUUCCUCUUCGUUCAUCAUGAAACUCUUCGAUCGCAGCGUCGAUUUGUCUCGGUUCGAAGCGGACAGUCCACUGUAUCCGGUUUGUCGGGCUUGGAUGCGUAAUCAGCCCAGGAAUCGUGUGCAGGACGCUUCCCCAAAAGAACCGGAGCAACGAGACGAACUGCCGAAUAUCAUUGUCCGACACAACCGGAAGGGUAUGAAGGAGACCGAGACAACGCCAAAUGUCGCUGAGAAUGAACUCGCACCAUUUCAUAUCGAGAUACCCUUUCAAAACAGCGACAAUACGAAGCUCGAAGAAAAUCCCACGAAGGAACAAUUACUAAAACUCCACAAAAUUCGCUGGACUGUAGUGCGCAAGAAGUGGCAGAGCCACCGUCGGAACUACCUCCGGAAGUAUCAGAGCACUUUCGAUUGGCUGGACGCAAUCGUUGUGAAACAACGUCGAACCUAACCUUACUUUUAUUUCCGUUUGCAUAAUGAAAUACAGUUUGAUUCUUAA